AUGGACAAAUUGAAGGUAGAGGACAUAAGGGCAUAUGAAAACUUCAUUGAGAGAGACCCAUCAAGAUUUUGUAAGGCAUUUAUUUCUACUGUUUGUGUGAGUGAUAUGGUAGACAAUAAUGUGUCUGAGACCUUCAAUGGGUAUAUCCUUAAUGCUAGGGGGAAACAUAUAAUACACAUGUUAGAGGAAAUAAGAAGUGGCCUUAGGGAGAGGCAAUUUAAGAAGCUAGAACAUGUACAGAGUGUUAGUGAUGUGUUAACACCUGCUAUGAGGAAAACAUUGGAGAAAUUGAAAAGUCAAGCUAGAUUCUGUACUGCUCAUCCAGGGUUAGGGGGGAAAUUUGAGGUUGAGAAAAAAAAUGACAGGUUUGUUGUGUCUUUACCUGAUAAGACAUAUCCAGCAUUAUAUGUCCACAAGUACUUGACUACAGAGACCUACCUGAAGGCAUACUCCUUUUCAUUGGAGCCUAUCAAUGGUGAAAGGCAAUGGCUCAAGGCAACUGGAUAUCCUGUUGAACCUCCACAAGUGAGGGUGAUGCCUGGCAGGCCGAAGAAUAAAAGAAGAAGAGAUAGGGAUGAAAAUGAUCCAAAAAAUCCUUCUAGAUUGAAUAGGGCAGGCACAGUCAUGACAUGCCAAAAUUGUCUUCAAGUGGGUCACAAUGCCAGAGGGUGUAAGAAUGAGACCGUGGAGAAAGACAAGGCAGAGAAAAGGAAACCAGGAAGACCAAGGAAACACCCAAGGUCAGAAGAUGGAGUGGAGUCUAGUUCCAAAAGUAGGAGCAAUAAAUUGGCUAAAGAACGAGGGCAAGCAAGCAAGGGAGUAGGGCAUUAUGUAAGGGAAGAGACAAGAAAUAGUUACAUAUGCUCUGGGAGUACAGUGCAUCAAGUGCCAAGAGGGGAAGAGCUGCCAACCUAA